CUCGCGCCGCGCCGUGAGGGGCGGCCGGUCGGUCCCGUCUGCCGCCUUGAAGGGACCACGGCGACCCUCUGCUUCUUCCUCAUCCUCUUCCUCUUGCUUCCUUCCUUCCUCCGACCCGCCGGGGGAAAGCCCAGGUGACCGCCGCCGGGGUUGCGUGGCGUGUGUGUGCGUGUCCGCGUCGAGUUUAAGACAGGGGUUAAAAUGAAUGAAGAUCUGAAGGUUAAUUUGAGCUGGCUGCCCCAGGAUCAUGUAGAAGCCAGCUCUACCGAGAAUGCCUCAGCCGCAGGCUCCUCCCUGGUUCCUGUCGUAGACCCAGAGCCAGAGCUUUUGGUAAACCCCUGGGACAUUGUCUUGUGUACUUCAGGGACCCUUAUCUCCUGUGAAAAUGCCAUUGUGGUUCUUAUCAUUUUCCAUAAUCCCAGUCUUCGCGCCCCCAUGUUCCUCCUGAUAGGCAGCCUGGCGCUGGCAGAUCUCUUAGCGGGCAUUGGAUUGAUCAUCAAUUUCGUUUUUGCAUACCUUCUGCAAUCAGAAGCUACGAAACUGGUUACGAUUGGACUGAUUGUUGCCUCUUUCUCAGCAUCUGUCGGCAGCUUGCUAGCUAUUACUGUUGAUCGUUACCUCUCCCUGUAUUACGCUUUGACUUACAAUUCAGAGAGGACUGUCACUUUUACCUAUGUCAUGCUUAUAUUGCUCUGGGGAGCAUCUAUCUGUAUUGGACUGCUGCCUGUAAUGGGCUGGAACUGCCUCAGAGAUGAAUCCACCUGCAGUGUUAUCAGACCACUCACUAAAAAUAAUGCAGCUGUCCUUUCGGUCUCUUUCUUGCUUAUGUUUGCCCUCAUGCUGCAGCUCUACAUUCAAAUCUGUAAAAUCGUGAUGCGCCAUGCCCAUCAGAUUGCCUUGCAACACCAUUUCCUGGCCACUUCCCACUAUGUGACCACCCGAAAAGGAGUGUCUACUUUGGCCAUUAUUUUGGGGACUUUUGCUGCUUGCUGGAUGCCUUUUACGCUCUAUUCUUUAAUAGCAGAUUACACUUACCCUUCUAUAUACACCUAUGCCACCCUCCUGCCAGCUACCUACAAUUCCAUCAUCAAUCCUGUAAUAUAUGCUUUUAGAAACCAGGAGAUACAGAAAGCACUUUGGCUCAUCUGUUGUGGCUGUAUUCCAUCUAACCUGUCUCAGAGAGCAAGAUCACCCAGUGAUGUCUGAUUGGCAGCUAGGAGGACGCUCCUUAACAUGUUACUUUCCAGACAUUCUUGCAAUGCUGUUUUUGGUUUAGAUGCAUUCAUUAAAUGGUGUGUGAUGGGUUCAUAUAAAAACCACAGGAUGCACUGACCUUUUGUAAACAGAAAACCCCAGUGACCAAAAUGAAUCAAGUGGUUUAAGGGAGAUUUCCAAAAUCAAAAUAACCAGUGUUCUUACAGAUUUAUAAUGUUGCUCAGGGUCUUUUUGUUAUAUUACCCAGACUUUGCCAUGUUUGCCAUAAUUUUACAUUGUUUGCUAAUUAAAAUUAGAUUGAAACAGCAUACCUCCUUUGAAAUUGUUUAUGUGAUUGAGUUUAGUCAUACUGCAUGUUACAGUCUGUUGUCAGGAUAUUUUUUUCCCUCUAAUUCUUUCUGAAACAGAAAAAAAAGAAAAAAGAAAACCCAAGUCCUGUUACCCCAUUUGUAUGUCAUCAGAAUACUCUUCAAAAUAAUGGCCAAUUGUACUGAUUUGUAUGGUAUUUAUUGCAAUAAUCUCAGUGCAACAAAUUUGCUCUAAGUGAGGAAGUACUUGUAAUAGCUUUUUAUUUUACAUCUCAGCAAGCAUUAGCUUGAUAAUUGUUUUAAAGGGUUACCUGUUCUCUCCUGAGUUCUGGCUGGAUGUUAAAACAGAAGAUAUGCUUUGCCUUCCUUUUCAAAAGUGAGCCAUAUGUUUUCACUUAGAUACGGGAUAACAGAGCUCAUUAUAGUGUUAAUUUUAAAAGGAAUUCAGGGGAGAUCUUCGAAAUUGAUGAAACAAUAUGGCCUCUUUUGGCUAUGCAUUUGUAACAGAUGCGAGUUGCUCAGACAAGUUUAUCUUUUCAGAAGUGUAUAAGAAAAUAUCUAAUAAAAUAACCUACAAAUUGCUUGCGACACGUAUUUAGCAUCUACAUGAAAUGGUUCCCCUUAAGUUUGUUACAAAGUAAAAAAUAUUACCACUUGUUUUCAUUGUUCUGCUAUAUAAUUUCAAAUACUGAAGUUUAUAAAUACUGAGAGCAUAUCUAGUUCAUAAUUGUAUGCAACCAGAACUGCAACAUGAAACAAUAUUUUCUCCUUUUCUGGCAGUUUCAUCUGCUACAGAUUGUGAUUCUUCGCACUGUACGCAUGUCAGUUCACUUCAUUAUAGGAUGAUAGUUCUGGUCUAAAAAGCAGAGCUACCUCUCAUGAAUGGUUAAAUUUCAAACCGCUUCUAACCUUUUACUGAAGCCACAUUCGAAUGCACUAGAAAUAAAACAUUGUUUUCUAAUUUGAAGACAUGAUUGUCAGAGACGAAAUUUUCUUGGCACCUGUCUUUGUGAAACUUAAGGUGUACCCUAAUGACAGUGCAUAGGAGUUUUUAGUACCACUACCAUUAGUGUUGAUGGGAGCUCAAUAUGUUAAUGCCCUGGCAUCAGUAGGAGGUUAUAUUCCCUUGAAUGUCAAAGUCAGCAUACUGUAUUGUUGCUUCAGUAUCUUCCAUUACAGUUUAAAAAAACCCAACAAACUCAAGUGUAAAAAUAGCAAUAUUUACAGUUCAAUGAAAAAAUAUACCUGUAUAGUAUAGAUAGUAGAGACAACUGUGUUGCUGGUCUGGAUUUUUCCAAAUGCAAUCUGUCCUUUUCACAUGGACAUUUGGAUGACUGUAGCUUUUUGUGGUAAAGUUUCUGUGACAUUAAGAAUCAUACGCUAUACACAAAGCUGAAUCUCAAAUGUGAAUGAGUUGUCUGUAAACAAGGCUCUGUAGAGGUUUUUAUGAGCAAUAAUUAAUUUUAGUUGCAAUGCUGGGUUCAAAUUCCAUUAUUUACUUGGUUCAACCUUCAUAAUAUUUGGCUCUUACUUUGUAAAGUGAUUAGUUUAAUAAUUGCAUGGCAUGGUCCAGUAGAGCUGUGAACUUGCAGCUCCCUUGGCUUCACUGCAAUUUACAGAUGCUCAGCACAGUUAGACUAUGGCCCCUGCUCAGCGUAGGAUAUUGGUGUUCUUUAUCUACUUCUGAAUGCUAAUGAAACCCUAGUCAUUGCGUUUUGUUAUGAAUUUUUGUAUAAGAAAUAAUCACUUCAUAAAUAUCCAUGCUAUGUAUGUGUGCAGUUUUGCAAGUAUGCAAAGUAUUGGGAAUAAAUGGCAGCAAAAGCCAUGAGCUGAGUAAUGUAGAAUGGCACUUCUAAAAGCAAAAAAUAAGUUAAAGUCAUGCAAAGUUUACCCGCCCCCUUUUUUCCCCCCAUUUGUUCUUCUAUAUCAAAUUGCCAAAAACUGUGAUGAAGAUGAGCAGCUACAACUGUGACCAAGAUUCAGUCCCGAGGCCAGUUGUUGGUUUGCUUACACAGACCUGUUCUCAUCCUCUUGGAUAACCUCACAGGCACUAGUGUUUUUCUCUCCACAACACCUGGGUAGUAGGGAAGCCAGAAGAAAACAGCACAGAGGGAGAUAACGUAGUCCCCUCUUCUCUUGCUGGUUCACCUGGUGUCCUUGUCAUCUUCCUCGCUCCACAGGCUGCUCAAAUCCACAGAGACUCUCCCGAGUGCUGGGGGAGCCGACCUUUUCCUUGUGCCAGAGCAGAGAGAUUUGUAAUUGGAAGCAGCUCUCCUGAGGAGCAAUGCGAGUCAAAUGGAGGAAAGAAAGAUUAAUUAUAGAGGUCCCACAAAGCUAGCUCAUAGGGAUGUGAUUUGCCCUUGUUUGAGGAGUAGCACAUGGUUACCUUUCACCACAAACAGAUGAGAAACAUGAUUAUGCCUCCCAAGCUACUGCUGUGACCUCCAGUGAGGAUAUUGUAUCUUCCAGAAAUACGUUCUUAAAUGGAGACUCUGCAGCAUAGGCCAGAAAAUUCUUCUGGAAGUCGAUGACGUAGGUUUGCCCACAGUUGUCAGACCAAAUGUUAACAUGGUUUGUAGUACCGGAUAGAUGCUAUGUAACACACCUGUGAACGAACUCUUGGGAGUAGGGGCAGAGCUGUGGGUACAAAGCUGCCUACCUCACUUGCACAAAAGAAAUGCUUGACAGACAGCCACUUUUCAGACCCUGCAGAGUUAAGCAAUUCUCUGCUAUCACCUCAGAGUUACAGUGUAGGCCCCAGUUCUGUAUGGUGAGGUGCCAGUAUCCUUCUAAGAUCCAUCUGAAACUGGCAGAAAUCCAGCCAGCUUGCAGGAUUCUGUCGUUUUGUUGUCCCAUCAAACACCACCUGUGCGUAGGACCAGGGGUGUUAGAGUCACCGUUCUAUGUACAGUGAAGUAUCUUUCAUAUCUCUAUCGUAAUGACAAAAGACUUUUUUCUUAAUGCAUAAUUUAGUUUAAAGAAUUGCAGUUCAUUUUUAUUUAUUAACACACAUGACCCAAAGUCAAUAACAGGUUGUAUCUUGAUGGGCAAAAUUUACUGUAGUCAGUUUUUUCAUAUAUUUAUCCUCAAAGCUUGGGAGAGGAUUUUUUUUAAUUGUUUGUUUUUUGUUUUUUUUUAACCAUUUCUCCUAACAGUAAGAUUUCAGCAAUAAGGGGAAAUACGUUUUUAGCACAAGAGCAAUAAAAUCCUCCAUGUUGCGGGUACUAUAAACUGCUGAGUAAACUCAGAGCAACAGAGAGGAAGCAAUAUAUUCUUUAGACAAAAAAUAGUAACUUGCAUAAGGACUUUAAGUAAGCAGAAGUCUUCCUUUGUUAAGCAGUUGCUAUCGGACUGAUGUGGGACAUUAUUUCUGGUUGGUUUGUGUUACAGUUAUUGAGUUCCUGAAUAGAAUUACUCAGCAAUAACCUUUUACCUUAGUUCUUGGAUCCUGAUUUUGUGCUAUGUGCAAGAGAGGAUUAUGUACUGCAGUGGGGAUUCUUAUUCUUUUCAUUGUUUGGCAUUUAGUUGUACAGUGUUCUAUGGAUAAAUUCAUUGCGUUCAGGAUUUCCGAUUGUAACUUAAUACUGACAAUACUCCUUACCAAACAAAAACUGAGAAUACCCAAAUUUGUCAUGCCCAUCAAGAUGGAUAUGAUAAAUGGUGCUAGCCCAUUCUGAAGACAGCUUGGCUUUUAAAAGAAUAAGAUUAUGGUAUCAUUGAAGAAAACCCCUAACAAUGCCCAAGGUAUUUGGAUGCAAGCUGAAAGGCCUGCUGUCGCUGCUGUAUCUUCCUACCAUGGACACUCAGUGACAUAAGCAGCUGUGUCCAUCCUUUGGGUUCAGGGGCCAGCCUUGAGGCAUCUUGGAGUCAGCAAAACCCCUCCAUGGACAGCAGUGAACUUUGGCUUAGACCAGCAGCCGUUCUGUCCCCAAAGAGUUAUUUUUCUGUUGCCUCAUUUUCUUAGGGUUUGUUUAGCUUUUAAAAAUGAGGUACUCGUGGAUUCAUUUCUCAAAAAUGAUAAGCAACCUGCCCUAUAACUGGAAGUUUGGAUAAAAUAGCAUCGCUACAAAUCAAGCCCCUGAAACAUAACUACACACUCCUUACUUUUAAAAAAAAUGUGGUUCUGUAACAUUCUGAACCAUAUUUUCAAAAUGUUGGCCCUGACUUUUGUGGAGAGAAAGUAUGUAUGGUCUGGUUUUUGUAUGUACAAGAAAGAAAAAUAAGAAUUGGACUGAGCGGUCACUAUUUAAAAAACCACCAGCUAUUCUGUCACUUUAUCUGAGAUACUGAAUGGUUCUUAGUCCUUGAAAAAGAAACCAACUCUGGCAACUCUCUAGAAAAUCCUGAAUACCCACAAGUCAGUGUAAAAGCUUUGUAGCAAAAGUAGGAGGUCUAGCAUCGUUGCCAGUGCAAAACAAUUUGAUGUAAUGGCUCUCUUGUGAGUGGGAAUAGGAACAGCGUACUUGCACGCCAGCUGUAGACAGCUCAAGUCCUAGGUGUAUAGGAGUAGCACCAGAAAAAGGUGAACAGCAUUUCUUUAAAUCAUUCUGCUGCAAGAAGACAAUAUCAGGUAGACUGUCACUGGAUACGGAUCCUAUGUUGUAAGAAUUCAAGAAUAUUUUAAAGUGCUAGUGCCCAGCUAUUCAGGAAAAGGUAUCAUGGUGGUGUACUUUUUGAGGGGGAUCAAGAACGCAGCUAGAUCUAUGAAAGAAGUAAUUAAGGAUGACGUUAAAUAUCUACGUGUAGACUCAUCACCUCUCUUUGAGAGAAGGUCUGAGAAUCUUUUUAAGGUUUUACUUGGCUGCCUUUUGGAGCAGCUGAUUCUAGAACAAGAGGUUGCUCCAGUACAUAUAUUAAAUGCAGUAAAUAAUCUGUCCUUCUUUACAUAUUUAUCAAAGGGAACAAAUAGCUAUUUGCAGUCAGAAUUGUUGUUUGCAACUAAACAACAUCUUUUUAAUAAUACCACAGGAAGCCAUUUUACGAAAACAGUUUGAUAACUUCAGUAGUAAACUUAGGAAAACAAAAUUUUCACGUGCUUAGCAUAUUGCAAACUUAGCAUAUUGCAUGUUAGCAAGAAGCCCUGUAACUUGAUUGGUAUUAGGCAGCAGGGAUACUCAAAAGCAUGUGAAAUUUGGUGCUUAACCAAAAAAAAGGCCAGUGCUGAUAACAGUACAUUGCUAUAAUUGGGAAACACAAUUUUAAAUAAUAUUUCGAUUUCCUGAUAUUUUUUUCUGGUUUUUGAAUGCUAUUAUAUAAAGCAGUGGUUUACCCUCUCUUUCAGUGCCACAUUUAGUUUGGCUCAGUGAUAGUUGAGAGAUGUGCAAUGGAGAAAAAAAAAUAAGAUUUCUCAAUCUCUGCUUAUAGAGAGAGGACUAAAAGGAAGGGGUGUGAUUUAUAUGUCAUGAAUAAGCAAUAGUACAGGAAAGGUAAAUUAGGCUGCGUCUCUCCCCCAUCUGUCAGUAAAAGAAUGAUGGGAUUCCCAGUAAACUUGAAAGGUCUCAUAUCUGGAAAUACUUUUUUGGUGCAAAAGGAAAUUACCCCAUAAAACUGGUUGCUACUGGCUUCUUCAGACCAAAAAUUUGCAGUCCUUUUUAAUGGGUCAGAAAUCUGGAUGAACUGCAAGGAUAUCUGCUUUCAUAUUAGGUGCACAAUGAAAGAUGAGAGGGUGCCAAGUCUAUGGCUUGGCAGAUCAGCCAGGUACUCAGUGCUUGAGCUUGGAUAGGAAGGAUGCUUGAAUAAAUGUGUCCCCUGUGAGAAGGUUAGUUUGAACUGUCCAUUUUGAACAUUACCUGAUGUACAUGGAGCAUCUGAGAGGGGCCCUGGGGCUGCCGUUGUUCCAGGGUGUACUGUAGCUGUCCCGUGUCCUUGAGGCUGGCAAUAUUGCUGUUCUCAUUGAAUGCUGUCCAGAGAAUAGAAGGGAGGAAAUAUGAUCAGAAGUGAGGUCCUCCUUCCUUGAAAACGUGACCUCAUAUAUUUUGUUCAGUUUAUUACUUGUCUUGUUACCAAUGUCUUACAUGGCCCCAUUUGAAAUCAGAAGAGGAUUUUUUGUGGAAAAAUAUUGAAAAUAUGAAAGUAGAACCAACAGCAGAUUAUUUUACAGUAAGUCGUUAUGUAUUUCUGUUUCUUCCGAGGAGCAGCUGAGUCUGUAAAUUUGCAGUAACUGUUUCUUUGAAAACAAUAUGCCUUUGCACUAAAAAACUAAAAAAGUCCAUGCUGCAGUUUAUUCACAAAAUUAUUGUGAUCUUCUAAGCCAGACAAGAAGAAACAGUUGCGUAUUUCACCAUGUUACACAAGCUUCUUGUAGAAGAGAAGGAAAAAAACCAAACCUGAAUGUAGGUUAGAUGAAACCAUAUUGCAGUUAACUAGUGUAUCACUGCUGUGAUGCAGACUAAUUCAGUGCCAUUGAAAGGAUUAGGGGACAUUUCCAGAGGAGGUUCUUUCUCUGCAAAUGGGUUGAGAGAGUAAAACUAAUUUUAAAAUAACAGAGGUCAGUUAAACUUGCCAUCCCAAACUCCUUGAAUUGGCUUUUAAGGAAAUUGUCCUCACCUCCCCAAACCUUUUGUUUUGCACUCUGCAUGUGCCAAGGCAAUUUUUACAAACUUGCUGACAUGCCUAGAUAUUUAACUGGACAAGAUAGUGUUAUGGGUUUCCCCCAUCCCAGGUGGGGGGAAGACUUUUAUGUCCCAGAACUAGUGAACUGAUUUAUCUGAUACCUCCAAGUAAAACAGACUUUUCUAAAAAGCACAGAGUACUUACAGACAUCCACUGCACAAUUAGGGGCUUCAUUAAAUUACUAGUGUAGAGUCAUUCAGCUUAUGGCCAUAGGAUUACGGGGGGUAGGGGGUGGUGUAUUUUCCUUUUUUUUUCUUUUUUUUUUGGUGGGUUUUUUUGGUUGGUUUUUUUUUUUCCCCCAGUAGUAAGAUGUCUGGCACAGUCCUUUUUGUUUCAAGAUAAACGUUGCUUUAUGGUUGGACUGGAUGAUCUUAAAGGUCUUUUCCAACCUAAAUGAUUCUAUGAUUCUAAGAACUUGCCUCUCAUAAGUACCAUGCUGUGUUCUUAGGUAAAAGUUUAUUUACAAAGGUUUUAAUAGUUGGUUAUAACCCUUUCAAAUAUAUCAGCAGCACUUUUUCAUUGAACAACUUUGGUGAGCAUUUGCCUUACACUGGAAAUUUAUCUGAUUCACCUGCGGGGGGGAGGGGAGAAGAAGCAAGUGAACUGCUACAGUUUUCUUUACACUGGUGAUACUCUUUUUUUUCCUCAAACCAUUUGAUCCCAACCAUAUGAUCUACUGUGAUGUCUGAGCAUAUUCCUGGUUUCUCAAGGAAAAAGCAAGCCAACUGCACAUGCUGAAGACUGCAUCCUGCAGGGAUUUACCUUAGAAAAUGGAGAGGCCUUCCACUUUUAAGGAAUAGAUGCCAACAAAAUAGAUUUGAGUUUUUUUAAAAAGUAUAAACUAAUUCUUAAAAGGAAAUACCUGUGUCCAGGUUUAACUAAAGAACUUAAGUACUAGUUAUAUUACAUGCUGAGUGGAGAAACAGUUUCUUAGAGUAUUUUGGUAUGCCAUUAACUUAAGUAUUAUGAGCUAUCAUACUUAAAUACUUAAAUAGCAUAAUUACAUACUUAAAUAUAAUAUAUAUACAUAAUCAUUCUGAUAAUUUAAUUUACUUUUUAUAUGUAUGAUAUGCUAGAUGUCAUGCUUUAUACCUUCAGUGUUGUAAUGGUCCUGUAACCAAAUGUAACCUCUUUGCUGAGGCAGUUUCAUACGAUUAAAUAAAAAACAUUGCCAAACUUAUAUGAAUGUUGGAAACACUGAAAGAUUCAGUGGUAAGUAAUCGAUAUUUCAACAAAGACAAUCCAGAAGUUUUGGAAAGGAGGUGAAUUCUCAUGACUUUAAUUUGGACAAAUCCCACUGCCAGCUCUGGGAUUGCAGGAAUGUGUUAUAUGGCCACAUAUGGGACAGAAUACAAGAAGGGUAUUUAUCACUAACAUGAGCCUGUAUAGCAGUUAUAUGUUCCUGCUCAUGCUGUUCCCUCUCUCUCUAUCUUUCAUAGGUGAUUUGGUAACAGGACUGCAUAGAUCAUGAGUCUAAACAGCAGUCCACACAGUCAUAUGACACAGGUGCACAUUCUGCACUGGCUGAUGCUAACCUGGAGAAUAUUACAGUAUCUAAAAAAUCUUACACGUUUAUUUUUAAAGGGCACACGAAAUACACAUAUGCUUCAGGGGCAUUCUAGGAAAAGGGACUAGGACCUGUAAGAUUUAGGGCCAAGGUAUGGAGCUCUUAAUGCAUUGAUUACUUAUGGUCCCCAUAGAAUUUUCCUCUUAGUUCAGUGUUUGCUAAGAUGAAAAUCAUCAAAAUAAUCAGGAAUUCAGCUUCCACUGCUUUCAGGGAGGAUAUAUUUUAUAGUAUGCAAAUGAAAGCAGCAUGACCUGGCCCUUCAAAAAUUGAGAUACCCACAUUCUGAAAGGGAUGUACUGUUGUGUCCCCAUGGAGCUCGGGGAGUUGUGCCCCAUCCGUGGGUUUUUGUUUUGCUGCUCUUUGGUUGCCCUCUGACAAUGUAGUCCCUCAAGGUAUGAGCAACACUUGGUCCACCUUGUGGUGCCUCUGCCCCAGAGGGCUCACGAGAAAAUAGCACGGAGGUGAGGCUUUUCCACAGUGUUAAUUGCAGGGUCAAAGCACGCUGGGUUUGGAAGGGAGUUCUGCUCUCAGUAGAGAGCUUUCUGAAGACGUGAUAGAAAAUGGUGAGCCUUCUUCAAUCACAUUUCAACCAAAUUUCAGCUCCUUUCUUUUGUAUUUGCCUUAAGCGGAGAAUUCCCUUAGUCUAGGAGGAGGAGACUAACUCAUUGCUGGGAGUUAGCACGCUCCAGCAUGCAGCUUUUUACACGGCAGCUGUCCCAGAGCAGAGCGGCUGAAUGUACAGUAGUCUGCUUCUGAACUCAGGCUGGUCGCAUAGGUUAAAAUGUAUAGGAGGAAAAUGUGGUUUUCCAGAAUGUGGAAACAGUAUGUGUGAUUUGUGCCAAAAGUGUGAAAUGGGUAUUGCAGCUGAAGAGGCAGGUGAAUUGCCUAGAUUACAUAUACAGCAAAAUACUCGGGCAAUCUCUAGGGUUACUUGCCUGUGCUCAACUAUAUUUUCCAUUGAAGCUGAUAGCAGUCCCAUGUAUGUAUGGAGGAGGAGAAGAAUAUGGACUUUUCUGUUGGGCCUCAGCCAGAGCUGAGGGCAUUCUUAUUUGUGUCAUUAUUUCUAGAAAGAGCCACAUUAGACCUCUAUCCAUUUUGUAUGUCUACAUCUUCUUACUCUUUGGGGCUAAAAUCUACAGUUGUGUUGUCCUUUUUUUGGUCUCAGCUUUACUGUCACAGCCAAAACCUACAAAAGUUGAUUGUCAAUGUGUUUACGAAUAAAAAGAAACUUCAUAGCAUAAAAUGUUAUAAGUGUGCCUCUGAAAUAAAGCUGUAAAACUCUGUAUUUAACUUCAGGCCAUGAAAUUUGGAAUACCCUGGCCUAGUAGAACCACUCCUAAUUUUCUAGACUUACUAGCUAGACUCCCUACUUUUUUUUUUUUUUUUUUUAAUUGCCAAAUGCAAUUAAAAAUAACCUGUGGUUUACCGUGCUCAUCUCAUGAAAUUCUCGGAGAGAGCUUUUCCUAGGAAACAUUGUACAAUUCAUGUAAACCCCUGAUACUACUGACUGCAGUGUGGUUCCAUGUUGAAAUCGAGAAGCUUUAGCAAAAGCAGCUGCAUGGGUGUAUUUCUCAUGCUACACAGCUCAUUAGGAGCCAAAUGGCUUUAAACCAGUAAUUUAAAUUCUGCAUGUUGUGCUUUUCAUAUGAGAACCAACUACUGGUUUAGUACAUGAAGGCCUGUGGUUAUUUCUUAUACUAAUUUAGGGUUUUUUUCAUUUAACUGUGGUUGAAGUUUGAACCAUAGCUUGCCAGUAUAUGAAGUAAUUUUAAAAGGAAGUGAAACAUCUUUGCCUCAGUUUCCCUUCAGAUUAAAGCUUUGGACUGCAACUACAGAGCUUCUUGUUGUAUACAAGAUAGUAAUUUAAUGCACUUUAUUUAAAAAAGGCACAAAUUAUUUUGUUUAUAAAAUGUUACAAUUGCACUAUGCUGUAAGAAUCGGUUACUAAAUAUGAACUGUACAGUUUUGUAGUCAACAUUGUAAGUGUUUAGUCAUAAAUGAUUGAAACAAUUACAUGUUUCAGUUAAAUGUUAAUUUUAUAUGUGGUAUAUGUAACCAUAAAUAAAUUUUCCUUUCUA